AUGGCGGCCACAGUGGACCACCUUCUUCCCCAGGAUUUGUCGAAGCUGGACAUAGCCAAGCUUACACCUUUGUCUCCUGAAGUGAUAAGCCGGCAGGCGACUAUUAACUUCGGAACCAUCGGCCAUGUGGCCCACGGGAAGUCGACGGUCGUCCGCGCUGUCUCGGGUGUACAGACAGUUCGCUUUAAACAUGAAAAGGAAAGAAAUAUCACUAUCAAGUUGGGCUACGCCAACGCGAAGAUAUACAAAUGCACCAACCCUGACUGCCCUCCCCCCGAGUGCUACCGUUCAUAUGGGUCUUCAAAGGAAGAUGACCCUCCUUGCUUACGCCCUGGCUGCGGCGCUAAGAUGAAGCUUAUGAGGCACGUAUCUUUUGUGGACUGUCCUGGGCACGAUAUUCUGAUGGCUACGAUGUUAAACGGUGCUGCUGUGAUGGAUGCUGCUUUAUUAUUAAUUGCGGGCAAUGAGAGCUGCCCUCAGCCGCAAACCUCUGAGCAUCUUGCUGCUGUGGAGAUCAUGAGGCUGCAGCACAUCAUCAUCUUGCAGAAUAAGGUCGAGCUGAUUAAGGAGUCUCAGGCGCUGCAGCAGCAGCAGGAAAUAAAGCAGUUUGUAGCAGGAACUGCUGCUGAUAAGGCGCCUAUUAUUCCGGUGUCUGCGGUGCUGCGGUACAACAUCGAUGUUUUAUGCGAAUUUAUUUGUACGCUUGUCCCGGUCCCUCACCGCGACUUCACAAGACCUCCGCAGCUUAUCAUCAUCCGCUCCUUUGAUGUCAACAAGCCUGGCGAGGAGGCGGAGAAGCUGCAAGGGGGAGUUGCUGGGGGUUCGAUCAGCGAGGGUUUAUUAAAAGUUGGUGAUGAGAUUGAGAUUAGGCCAGGGAUAAUUACUAAAGACGCCUCGGGCUUCAUUCAGUGCAGGCCGAUAGCAUCUCGAGUAGUAUCCUUAUUUGCUGAAGAAAACCCUCUUCAAUUUGCAGUGCCGGGGGGUUUAAUUGGAGUCGGCACGAAAGUCGAUCCCACGCUCACUCGCGCAGAUCGGCUUGUGGGGCAGGUCUUAGGGCAUCCGGGUCUAUUGCCGGACUGCUUCAUAGAGAUUGAUGUUAAUUAUUAUCUACUUAGAAGACUUCUUGGUGUUAAAAGCCAAGAGGGGGACAAGUCGACGAAGGUCUCGAAGUUGAAGAAGGGAGAGUUCGUGAUGGUUAAUGUGGGCUCCACUUCAGUAGGCGCUCGCGUGGCGGGUGUAAAGCCCGAGAUUGCGAAGCUCGAGCUUACGGGGCCUGUAUGCACCCGGCUGAAUGGUGCUGCUGCUGCUCUUGCUGCUAGCUGCGGUCGCUUCUGCAGCAGCAGCACUUCAGCGCGAACAGCAGCAGCAGCCGCAGCAGCAAUACUAGCAGCAGAAGCAGCUUUAUUAGCAACAGACGCCUGA